AACAGGAGUUUAUCUUGUUCUUGUGAUUGAAGGCAAAUCUUAUCAAAACUGGCACAUGACCACUGCGAUAAACUUUAUAUAUACCUAUAACGAAAUACAUCGCCAACACGAGAUUCCACAAUGCAGUAUAGUGGGCUGUUUGUUGUGUUUGCUUUGAUCGGGGCGGUGUAUGGGCAGAUCCCCAUCCCAAGUAAGCCUCUCGGUUUUUCUUAUGGACUGGGGAAUAAGUCUGCUCCUAUACAGCUAUCAACGUUCUUAGGACCGUUGUGUCCCGAUAGUCAAAACGCUUUUCCAACACUCCUCAAAGUGGCCGACUACUAUGGGCCAGACAGGGUCAGACUCAUUACCCAUCUCUUCCCAUUGCCGUACCAUAGAAACGCUUUCCUGGCAGCCAAGGGAGCACAAAUUACGAAUGUACUGAGUUCCGGAAACAGCACAUACAGCUGGAUGACAGCUGUGUAUUCUAAUUUGGCUGCCUUUUCAAAUGACGUCACGCAUGACAAAACGGAGAAACAGGUGCAAGACAUGUUCGCAUCAAUGGCGAAGACCUUAAACCUGGACCAAACGAAAUUCAACACCAUGUACAAGGAUUCUGGUAUAGAAGAAGCCACUCGUUUAGAUUGGAAGUAUACCGCAACAAGAGGUGUAGCAUGGACUCCCGCCUUUAUGAUCAAUGACGUCUUGAUACAGGCAGAACCCACGUGGACACUCGAAGACUGGAAGAAAGUUAUUGACAGUCUACUCGGCAGACAGCGUCCAUCAACCAACCGCGAGACACAAUCAGCUUGCAAGUCGGGAACCAAAACAUGCGAGUACCUUCCAGGGAAGAUCGAGUGCUGUACUAAAGGAGAGGCUUGUAUUCCUAAUGUUGGAUGUCGAUGUUAAAUAAAUUAGUUUUACGUGUU